AUGGUCCCACGUGGCCACUUGGCUCACGUACUAUCCGAGCUGUGCAGCCGGGGACUUCCACCGCAGCCGGCCUCGAGCGGAGCUGCCGUGGCCUGCUGCAAAGCUGCCGGCACAGGCUGGCAGCGAGCAGUUUUGCUGCUCCACAGCGCCAGGAGACUCUGGCCCCUCCAGACACUCAAGGCGGCCAUUUGCUCAUCACUUGCAGCGCAUGGACUUUCAAGCUGGCGAGCUGCCGAAGCUCUCCUGAGACAGCUGGGCCAAAGCGGUGGCAUCCUGAACAUCGUACACUUCAACAGUCUCCUAGACACCUUGAGCGAUGGCGGGCUAUGGGCCAAUGCCUUGAACCAGGUCCGCAAGUGCGAUGCAACCCCAGAUGCUGUUACAUUCAACACCCUGAUCCACGCGAGCUCGGGGAAAUUUUGGCAGCUCUCACGCAGCUUGCUACAGACGAUGACAGGGGCAAGGCUCGUUUGCACUGUGAAGAGUUAUGGUGCUCUUGCUGCCGGCCUGGAGACCCUUCGCUUCUGGCAGCAUGCGGUCGACCUGCUUCAGAGCAUGCAUUGCAAGACCCUUGAGAUGAAUACGAUCGUCAAAGGAUCCGUGGCAGGAGUCCUCGAGAGCGUCUCAUGGCAACGGGCUGCCGUGCUGGCUGGAGAUACUAUGCAGCUGCAUCGGAAGAUGAUCACCGCCACGGUCCGCAAUUGGGAAGGAUCACUUCGUGUGCUGAGCAUCUUUGAGCACCGCUCCAUCCGCCAAGAUGCUUGCAUGUGGGCUUCGGCUUCAGAGCGCAGCUGGAGCCUGGCCUUGUCCAUCUCCCAGGCCUGCCAGUGGCAUGGCCUGAGCCUGAACACCAUGGCCACAGGAAUGCUGGUGAGGCCUCUUCGGGACGCUCACAGCUGGCAGGAAGCCUCACACCUGCUACAGCUCACUGAGGAGCAGUACCUGCAGGCAAAUCUGGUCACCCGGGGACUGCUGACGUCUGCCUGCAGCUCCUCGCAUUGUUGGUCAGCCUCCAUACAGGUCCUGGAUGCGGCACGUGCGGCAGCUAUUUUGCUGGACACGCACAUUCACAACAUGGCGGCUGGUGGUGCGGCCAAGAAGGGUGACUGGGAAGCCUCAUGCGAAAUCAUUCGGGCUUUGUGGCCACGCCGCCUACAAGCCGACGAGCUAACCCCAGCAAGCGUCUUUUCAGGCGUGGUUAGCCAGCACCGUUGGCAGCGUGGCUUGCAGCUGCUGGCCGAACUGCAGCCAACAAAACCACUCGCCAAUGCUGCAAGGGCCUUGGCCCUGGACCUUUGCGCGGAAGCAGCGAAGUGGAAGCUUGCCGUGGCCUGGUUGAGUGCCGCGGCCCAGCCACCGGCCGAAGCUUUCGCAGCGGCUUUGGCUGCCCUGGCCGGUACGGGCAAGGUGCUUCAAGCCUAUGGGCUCUUGGUCUCCCUCCGCAAUCAGAUGCUCCGCUUGGAGCCCUUGCAUCUCACCCAUGCACUUGCGGUGGCCAGAGAUGGCCAGCCUUGGGCUUCCAGUCUGAAGGUGCUGAGAUUUGGGCAGCUGAUUGGCCUUUGCUUGCACCAAGGGGCGUGGCACGCAGGAGUAGAUGCUUGUGGCAGCUGGAAGCACGCCAUGCUCAUCCUAGCAUCCGCUCAGUCAAGCGAUGUUGAGCCAGAUGCCACUUCUGUGGCUACGGCCAUUGGGCGUGCCUCCACGAGGUCUGCAACUACCACGCUCAAUCUACUCCAUCAGUUGCAGCACAUCCAGCUGAGCCGGAUUAGCGAAGACAGAAACUGGCUACAGUACUAG